AUGCCCUCGCACGUCCUCGCGUCCUCCGCGCUCUCCCUCUCGCCGCGGACGGCGCUCCGCGCGUCGCGCCGACCACCCCGCGCCGCGCGCGUCGUCGUCGCCGCCGCGAGCUCGAGCGCGGAUCCGGCUAAGAAGCACGCGAACGCGACCGACGACGUCGUCGUCGUCGUCGACGCCGCCGCCGCGCCGCGCCGGCGGUUCCUCGCCACCGCGCUCGCGACCGCGCUCGCGUCCUCCCUCGCUUCAUCAGGCUCAUCAGCGAUCGCGUCCACGGUCUUCGAGGGCGCGUACAUCGACCCGAACCACCCGCACUGCCCGCGCGCCGUCGACGCGAACGGCGUCAUCACCGGCAUCGACCCCGUGCCGUUCCGCGAGGGCGCGGGAUGCCGCGGCUACAAGAAGAAGAACGAGGCGCGUCCCAUCUCGCACUGGUCCCCGUACGACCGCGUUGGCGUUGUGAACUUAAUUCCUCAAGGACUUUAUUAUCUCCCGGCGUUCGUUUCUCUCCGCCCACCCCACGGUUUCUAUCCCCGACGUCGACGCCUUUCGACUCCUCCAUCUGACGCCUAUGAACUCCACCCCGACAUUCGUCGCUUCGAACGAUGGAACGACCCCGAGGCGGACGCCAUCGCGAAGGGGAAGAUCAACCCGUGGAGGAUCGAAGGGAAGAUAGCCAAGGACGACGGGAGCAUCUUGAUCGACUUCGACCAGAAGGACGGCAGCGGCGAGAAGUUCACCGGGACGUGGGACGGCGACGGCAUCCUGUUUCCGGACGGGAACAAGUGGCUGAGGAAAGAGCUCAGCACAAUCCCUUAG